UAUUUCCUCCGCACUAUAACAAUUGGGCGGCUGAGGAGCUUCAAAGCUCGUUUACUCCCGCUUUUGAUCCCGAUCAGCGUGCCGGAGCAUUCUUCUCCUCUUUCAUAAUUCUGUGUGGGAAUGAGAGAGAUUUAAAAAUGAAUUUGUAGAUUGGGUUUACUUGGUCUUUUUUUUUGGCUUGGCGAAAUCUGUUUGAUCGGUGGAGUUGAAAAGGAGUGGCUGGGAGUAUUUAGGUUUCCGAUUUGGUUUGGUACGGAUUGGAAGAGAUGAACAGUAGCGUGGAGACGGUGAAUGCAGCGGCGGCUGCUAUGGCCUCAGCGGAGAGCCGAGUGCAACAAGCCACUGUUCCGAGGAGAAGAUGGAGUUCCUAUUUCAGGCUGUACUGGUGCUUUGGCUCCCAUCAUCACGGUAAACGCAUCAGUCAUGCAGUCCUUGUUCCUUCACUGCCACCGCAGGUCACAGCGCCUCCACCUGAAAGCUCAAGCCACCCACCAUCCCUCGUCCACCCAUUCAUCGCACCCCCUUCCUCUCCUGUUUCUUUCCUGCAGUCAGGCCCCCCUUCCGCCACUCUAUCACCGGCUGGUGGAAUAACACUAUCUGCUCUUUCUGCUGACAUCUACUCUCCCGGCGGACGUCCUUCCAUCUUUGCCAUUGGACCCUACGCAAAUGAGACUCAAUUAGUCUCUCCUCCAGUUUUCUCCACGUUCACCACAGAACCAUCCACUGCGCCCUUCACUCCUCCCCCUGAAUCUGUGCAAUUUACAACUCCCUCAUCUCCUGAAGUGCCAUUUGCAAAACUUUUAAAUUCCUCUAGGAAUAGUCGUUCUCUCUUUAAUGGUCAAAUCUCUGCACUCAACCCAACCAUGGGCACAACAUGUGGUGACCAUGAAAAUGAGCCUACUUUGGCUCAUAGAGUGUCAUUUGAACUUACUGCAGAGGAGGUUACUCGUUGUUUGGACAGAAAAUCAAUUUUUCCUUCUGAAGCUGCAUCAGAAUUUCCAGUCACUGUAACUAAAAAAAUCUCAAUGGGUAAAGAGCAGGACGAAGCUGAUUGCAGCUAUGACGACAUUUCCUUUGUCGGGACCUCCAGUGCCUCCCCUGGCGUUACUCUUUUAACUGUUAAAGAAUUCAAAUUCAGCAAUUCGGACAGCAAGGCUGGCAUGGACUCAGACUGGUGGGCAAAUGAAAAAAAAUUUGGAACGGCAAAUACUCCUAAGAAUAACUGGGCGUUUUUUCCCUUGAUCCAGCCUGGGAUGAGCUGAUCAGCACUUUUUGUCCAUCAAUAGGAGUGGAAAAUUAUUACGUCCGGUGUCCGGAUUAUUCCGGACACCAAUCCAGACGCCCCACGUCACCCAAAUACACCGGGACCCGGUGUAUUUAGGUGAUGUGGCGCGUCUGAAUUGGAUGCCCGGACACCGGACGUAAUAAUUCACCCAAUAGGAGUUGCUUCCCUUCUACUAAAAUUUUCUGGGCAUGCAGCAUCAGUUGGAUUUUCCUUGUCCGAUUCAGAGAAAUGUGGACUGCUUUCACCUGAUGAAGUUGAUUGCCGUAUUGUAUAUAUUUUUCUAACCCAAGGAAAAUUAUUAUUAGAAGCAACUGAAUGGCCUUGUGCAUUAUACUGAUGUGGAUUUAUGCUUCGCCUCCAGAAUAUUUUUCUCCAAAGGGAAAUCUUGUAUUGUUCUGCUUUCUGCUUUUUCUAGAUUUAUUAUUGAGGGUAGUGCACUGUAUGAACUUUGGAAAUACAUAAAAAUUAAAGUCCGAUAUAUUAAGAUUUAGGU